UGGGUACGUAUUCGAUGGUUUAGUCGGAGGUUAGGAAUCGCUCUCACCUGCUGUUUGUGAUCAUGAAGGCGCUCUCUUGACACCGAGUGAUGCCCCGAGUAGCGGGAAAUUUGUCGAGGGCAUUAGUGAGUGGGGGAUGUUGGAAACAUCCAUCGCCUAUACAUAAAACAAAUCAAUAGUAUCGAGACAAAGAAACUCGUAAUCUUCGUGUAUCCUCAGAGGUACAACGAGGUUGCAUGCUGCCCUGCACUCAAAGCCGCACAGCUCACGGAGACGAUCAUCACUUUCACAUUGGUCUUCUGCAGAGAGAUUGGAGGGAUCAUGUUCCUUUAAAUAUGUUUAAAAACACACAAAGGGCAUCUCAAAACUCGGCUGAUAAUUCACACAUCCUCAAACAAAUCAACCAAGAAAACGCUGAUUCCACCACAACCUUGCAAGAAGACAAGAUGCUGAAAUCGGGAACGGUCUUGAUUGCGCUCCUCGCGUAGAAGCGAGAGAAUUUUACGUACAAGAUUCUAAUACAGACUGUAAUGGCUUCGGAGAUGGGGAUACACAAAUUGUCAAUGGGUCAAGCAGCCAAAGUUAUAGCAAUUCACAUGUGGCUGUUGAGGACGAUGGAUGAGAAUAAAGCACUAAUACGAGGAAACCCAUUCUUCACGAUUUUAUUUGAAUCAAUGUAAGGAGUUUCCGUCGUCCGCUCCAGCUCCCGCGUCAGUAUCCCGGCGGGCAGAUAUUUGAAUUCAAAUACAGCGCGGUGCUGUUUGUUGAGUUUGAAAUUGGCUAUUCAAAUGAUUUUAUUCGUCCUUGAUUCUUUUGAGCAGGAGAAGAGAACAUCACCGGUGGUUUCUGAAUCGCGUAGCUAGAGAGCGGAUUUAGUUAUGCGGAAGUUUAUGAUUGUGCGCGUCAUUUGUGAGACCGGGGAGACGUGGAACAAGCACGAACUGGUGAAGUAGGAUGAGAAUUUUGGGACUCUGCGUUGUUUCAGAAACGAAGGGAUAUUGGUUUUUAUUUGGAGAGAGUGGAGGACACGGAGGGGCGGGAGUUACAAUUUUUGAGUGUAGUCAUUGUAUGAUCGUGGUUAGUAUCAAUUUGGAAGUGUGAGAAUAGAACUGUUUUAUUGCGGUAGUUUUUGGCUAAUGCUUAGACAAUUAGUAUCUUGCAUUGAAAAAAUGGUGUAAUGCAUGUUGAGAGGUACAGCUAAAAAAGAUCAUGGAAUCUAACUCGGGCUUCAUUCCUGCUCAAUUAGCCAAUCAUGCAGAAAGCAUUAAAGUGAAGCGUGUAGGCAAUGCGAAGCAGAAGCCACGUAAAAACACGGCCAAAGUUGCCACCAUUUCUCUGGAGGAAUACAUCAAUGUGUUUGACUAUCUCACGCAAGGUCAAGGAGACGAAGUCAAACCGAUUCAUAAUAUGAAAUCAAUCGCUUGUAGCGGCGAUCAGCUCAAAUCUGUUUUGAAACUUCAUAACAUACCGCUUUCAAAUCGAAAAACCAAGGAAAAGAUGUUCCAAGAAUUGCUGGGAAAAGAGCUCUGGAACCCUUACGGACCUCCUCCAGACACAACUAUGCCUGUAACCAUUACGGAAGAAGAAAUUCUGGAGGAUCUGCGGGUUCUUGAAUGCAUAUCCGACAGUGGACCUUCUUCCCUGGCCGUAGCUCUCAACAAAGCUCUUGUCCCCCAGUGAAGGACAUUUGCAUUAGGGCCACAACAACCAUCAGUGGCCAACUCUACCAUAGGUUGAUUUUCUCUUUUUCUGUGUGCUAGGGUAACCAGACAACAUGCUGUCCAAUCAAGUUUUACAUACAUAAGUUACUGCUUGCUGCCGUGCUAUGUGCACCAUGUUGGCAGUUAGAGAUUUGUAUGGGCACAGCAUGUGGUGGGGCUGUCGCAGGCAAUAGCAUGAAGCAUAGACACGACGUCUCAGACAACUCUUUUUCGGAAUAACUAGAUACAAGACGAUGUCACAUACAACAACACAGUUCUAAAUCCCUUUCCUCUUGGAAAGUUCUAGACUGUCACAUAACACAAGCAGGGAGUUCCCUUGCAAUGCAAUGUAUUAAAAAACAGUUAGCUCACAGUAAUACCAUCUUCCCUUUGCA